AUCAUCCAGGUACGCCCCUGACGAUAUAACAUAAGCUACAGUUUGAUAGACAGAUAAAAUGUGUUAACAAUUUGUUUAAUUUUAAACUAAUAACAAUUGUUUCGAUAAUAUGUGGGAGCUAAAUAUAUUGGUUCGUCUCCUGAAUAUCGUUCCGGUUUUCGACGAGUACGUUCCGGCCUACGAAUAGGACUUUCAUCACGACUGCUGUCAAGGUUCCUCUGAACGGUUGAAGAUCCAUGGCUUUCUUCUCCAUGAUCUGAUUCGUGACAAAGAUCAACAUCACGGAAAGCCGAUCCUUCUAAAUGUUCCGGAUCCUCAUCUGAUGAUGGCUCAAACACUAAGGAAUCAGAAACCGCUCAGCGCUUUUGUUGCAGUGUGUACUUUCUAUGUAACAUACCUUAUAGUUUCGACCACAAACUAUUCGCCAGACUUGUUAUCCCGCAACAGUGAUGUCAAAAUCUUACCAAAAAUGAAAACCGUCGACAAAAUAAAGCAUAUUGCGUUUCUGAGAGUGCCGAAGACCGGAUCUAGUACAUUAGCAUGUAUAUUUCUUAGAUUUGGUAUAAGGAAUAAACUGGACAUAUACCUACCAAAGAUUAUAUACGUUAGCCGAAAGAAACAGAAACUUCUGUUAGAGGAGAAAAAGUGCUAUGACAUCUUCGUAAUACAUACUUAUUAUGACAGCACGUUUUUCACCAACAUUGUCCCCAGAGACUCGCCUAUUAUUGGACUUGUUAGGGAACCAAUACAGAGGAUUAUAAGUCAUGCUUUCUAUUUUAAGCAUCUUAGAAAGAGGAAAGAGAUGAAAAGUCUCUCUGAACAAGAAUUCAUUCACAAAGUUCUAAGAAAUACAGCAAAUUAUGGAGCAGAAAAUGUUAUGGCCACAUAUUUUGGAAUGGAAAGGAAUGGAAUGGAAAGAAACCAAACAAAGAAAGAUUAUAUUCAUCAAUACCUGGAAAGCUUAAAUACUAGUUUCUCGUUGGUUCUUGUUUUAGAAAAAUUUAAUGAAUCUCUGGUACUUCUAAAGCGAAUUUUAAAUUGGUCGUUUGCCGACAUUCUGUACGGAGCUAAGAAGGUAAAUACGUAUGGACAGGUUCCCCUCGGUGAGGAGGAGAAAAAUAAAUUGAUUUCGAACAACAUGCUUGAUUUUGAAAUUUACAAUUAUUUUAUGAAGGAGCUGGAAAGUAAAGUUAAACGAGAAAGGAACGAUUUCCAAUUAGAAGUUCUACACUUUGAAAACAUUUUACACAGGGUAAAAACGUUCUGUGACAACGCUGUUAAUGGUUCCAAAAUAGAGUUUCCAUCUUCAAAAUGGGAUCGCAGUUUUGAAGUACUUUCAUCAGAAUGUGAAUUGAUAUUUAGGAUGGACAUUGCCGACAUAAAGAAGCGGUCUAUAAUAAAUCUUGUAUAAAUGGUUUAUCGUGAUUAUCGUCGACCGCAAAUUUUGUUGACGUCAUAACAGUGCCCAAAAAUAAGUGUACAGACCUUUUGGACCUUUGCCACAGAGUAUAUCCUUUCCGUAAUCAGAAUUGCCAUUCUCAUUUGGAAAUGUGCAAAGUGAUUUUUUAAUCUACACAGAUUUAUCAAACAUGAACAUUUCUUAGGCCUUAUGUGCAAGACUGGCUAGCAACUGGUCAUUUUUAGCAAGGGUUUCUUUAGAGAAACUUGCUUUAGUUAGGCUAAAUGCGAAGACACUCGAUGAAAGCCUUUAGAUUUGAACCGCCAAGUGCGCAUGAAGAAAGUAGUACUUGGUUAAUAUGUAAGCAUUUGCGAUAUCGGGUGGAAAAUGGAUUUGAAGUGAUAUUACAAUAGAAAUCACCGAAGAGAAAUUCGGUGUUAAUAUAUUGUAAUUACAGAUUUUUUUAAAAAAGAAAUGUCUUCCUAAAAGCGACUUUCAACGAAUGGAAUCGUGCCUAUGAACUGUAUGGAACAAUGCAAGAAUAUUAGUAUGGAAACAGCUUAUCGAUUAUAUGGUGGCUGAUUUCUGCCAUUUCGUGUUGGCGUGUUGGCGAGGCGAAAACACGACAGCACGAAAACACAACAAAUUUUACACGAAAACCCGGCGUUUUGAGGAAGCCGACACGAGAUAUUUAUUUGUCGAGUUUUCGUGUUGGCGGGUAUGAAUAUGUCGUGUUGGUGCCCUUUAUUUGUCAUGCUGUCAUGUUUUCGUGUUUUCGCACCGCCGACACGAAUACACGACAAAUAGGCCUACAUUUUUGUCGAGCUGUCGUGUUUUCGCUCCGCCGACACGAAAACACGGCAAAUAGGCCUACAUUUUUGUCGAGCUGUCGUGUUUUCGCCCCGCCGACACGAAAACACAAAAUACAUUUUUUGUUGAGUUUUCAUGUUUUCGCCCCGCCGACACUAAAACACGACCGUGUGAAAUAUUUUAUUUGUCGAGUUUUCGUUUUGGCGUCUUCCGUUUGACAUGUGCACAACAAUAACUGAACUAAACACAACAUAACUGCACGCAAACAUAUGCCAAAACAACUAGAGAAUAUAAGUUUAAGAGUAAAAAUUGACUUAUAUUCUAUGUAUACUUCGACCGAAUACCAUUUUUAUUACAUAAAAAAUACCGAUAUACUAAUUACUUCUGCUUUUUUCAAUCUUUCACCUACAUUUUAUGUAUUUUCUGAUAAUGUAUCAAAGCCAUUUCUUACUAGAAUAAUAAGAACAUUUUUUGAUAAUGACCAAAUCUGAUAAGUCUUUUUUGUUUUUGUUUCAAUUUUGUUCAGUAUACACAUAUCGAGGAUAAGUUAGUUUAUUUAGGUAACAAGUGACACAUCACCAUUAUUAUAAAAUAUCAGGAUAAAUACUUGAUACACCUGGUAUAUAUCCCAUGACGACAACACAGUAUUACAAUCAUGGUAUUGAUACAUGUAAUUUGGUUUGUUACUGACUGUAUUGCUAAGACAGAUCAGUGGAACAGACUACAAAUGGAAUCAGAUUCAAUUCCGACUUAGAAAAAAUAUUUAUAAUCUUGCCCCUAGUGAUAGAAUAAAUAGCCAAAUAGAGUUAUUGUUUUAUACAAUUAAACAACAUUAAUACAAUACAUAUAACAAAUACGCCAAUACGGGUCAUUUGUUUUUCCGUGCAAGUAUUACUAGUGUAUACAUUUGUCCAACUGACAUCCGUGAUCUGCAAUCCCUUGCUGUCAGCACUUUCAGUGCUUUGAUUUCAUUGCCUAGAAACUGAGAAUGAAAAUCAUGAUAAAUCGACGAUGUUGAUUAUUAGACUAGGAAAUACUGACUGGUUUCUAUAUUAAUUCAAUCUACAUUCUAACAUGACUCGAUUUGAUUUCCAGUUAAACAAAGAAGGAAAUUAAGCUCUGUAUAUUCUGCGAUAAACAACGGUUGACGCGCGGACCGGUAAGAGAGCAUUAUGAUACAAAUUGGCGCAUGACGUCCGAUAAAUUACUCCUCGGGUAAAUGAAGUCCAGCAUAAUAUUUAUUAAAAUAUGUAAAUGAGCAUGUCAGAAUGAAAACAAUCAAGGCCUUCUUGUGAUUUAUCGUCUAAUUCACCACGGUCCAUCGUUCAGAUGCUUCAGUAUUUAGCCACGAGGGUCAAUUCCUACGCAUCUGAACUCUAACGUGGUAAAUUAGACGAUAAACCACUCGAAGGUCUUGAUUAUUUGUUUAUUCAACGUGUACAAGAAUAGCGUUGGUUACGAAAUAAAUGCAUGUUUUCUAGUCUGAUUCGUUGCUUUCUGAUUUCACCAGAAUGUAUUAAUUUCUUUUGCUUUCACACAUGUCGCAACACUUUUCUGUACCUAAUACAUAUAGAAAUAUACGAAAACUGCGCAGUCAGUCCUUUCGACAUGCAGAAAUGUAAACAAAAUAUAAACAAUAAAUCGA